AACUCCAUAAACAAGGUUGAGUGAGUUAUUUUCGAAUGAAACGCUGAGUAGCUCACGAGCCGGACUGGCUUUGGAGCUACUUGGCUGGUUUGUAACCCGCCGGUACUGAAUACCCGCCUGUCACCUAAGCUCAAUCAGCAAUUUCUUCCCGUCUUCACUCUUUGCCCUCUUCCUUUUCCGCCUCUACACGAGAGAUAAACACCAUCUCUUCCUCCACCCCUUCUCCUCUCACAACGGCAGACCAGGCCCAUCUUUCUGCGAUACUGUAGUUUGGCUACUCUCUCUCUCUCACUCUCACGCUGUCUACUUUAGCUGAACCCUAGAAGAAGAACGCAGAAAUGGCGCAGACUUGCUUCUCCACGUCAGCCCCUUCUCUCAGCUUGAACUCGUUCUUGUUCUCCUCGAACCCCAGCCCCUGCACCGAUUCUCAUAAACUCUCUCUCUCCUCCGAGCCCCUUCGUUCCAGGAAACUAAGGAAAUUAGUUGGUCAUGGAAAGAAUCUCAGAAGAUCUCUGGUAAAGGCGGUAUAUUCUGGUGAGUUUUGGCCUUUGGAGACAAGUUCUAGGCGUGGGAUUUGGUCUAUAAGGAAUGAUUUGCAAGUUCCUUUGUCUCCGUACUUCCCGGCAUAUGCACAAGGAGGACAAGGGCCGCCACCGAUGGUGCAGGAGCGUUUCCAUAGUGUUAUCAGUCAGCUUUUUCAACAUAGAAUAAUACGUUGCGGUGGAGCCGUUGAUGAUGAUAUGGCAAACAUUAUUGUUGCUCAGCUUCUUUAUUUGGAUGCUGUUGACCCAAACAAGGACAUUGUCAUGUAUGUGAACUCUCCAGGUGGAUCAGUUACAGCUGGCAUGGCCAUAUUUGAUACGAUGAGGCAUAUCCGUCCUGAUGUUUCCACUGUAUGCGUUGGAUUAGCAGCUAGCAUGGGGGCUUUUCUUCUCAGUUCCGGCACUAAGGGAAAAAGAUACAGCUUGCCAAACUCAAGGAUAAUGAUCCAUCAGCCUCUUGGUGGAGCUCAGGGUGGGCAAACAGACAUAGAUAUUCAGGCAAAUGAAAUGCUGCAUCAUAAGGCAAACCUGAAUGGUUAUCUGUCUUACCAUACUGGUCAAAGCCUUGAGAAGAUCAACCAGGAUACUGACCGCGAUUUCUUCAUGAGUGCCAAAGAAGCAAAAGAAUAUGGCCUUAUUGACGGCGUUAUCAUGAAUCCCCUUAAAGCUCUCCAGCCUCUGGCUGCUACUGCAGAUCAGUAGAACUGACGGUGCAUGACCAUGAAGCUUUUUCCCAUUUUGACACUGAAACAUUGUAUCUUUGUACAUUACAUAAAAUUAAGCAAAGGAUUUUGCUGUUGGUUUCAUCCAAACUGAGCUUGAUAACAGACGCAGUUCCUGAUAGCAGUGUUACAUGCUCUUAAGAAACGCCAAUCUAUGAUUAGUUUUAAUGUAUUUUUCCUGAAUCAGUAAAUACUUGUAUUAUCUAAGUAUUCGUAAGUUAUAAAUGCAUGAUUAGUUACUAAA